AGUAAAUUUGCAAAGAGUAGAGGAAGAGCUGCCAAGAAAAAGGCUUCUCUUCAACAAAGUCAAGAUGGGAGUGGUGAUAGCCCAGGGUCACAAUUCCCCAAGUGGCCUGGUAGCCCUAGUUCCCACAGCAAUGAUGACUUUGAUGCAUGGAACACAUUUCGGCCAAGGACAAGUUCCAAUGCAAGUUCAAUUAUGCCUGAGGAGGAUGACCUUGGAGAUCCUGAUGUACAUAACCUGGUGUAUCCUCCUUCUACCACCAAGUUGGCAUCAACUUUGCCAAGCCUGUCAGAGAUUGGAAACUCUGAAAACAUGGAGAAUCUUUUAGAUAACUUGAACCUCUUGUCUCCUAACGCCUCAAUGACUGUUUCAACACAGUCCUCACCGGCCUCAAUCAUGCAGCAGCAGUCUGGUUAUUUAUUUACAUCUCCCAACAACAGUAUGGGAUCUCCUGACCCUGAGUACAGGAAAUAUAGUUAUGCUCAAGCUAGCAUGAACUCACUCUCACAAAUGCCUAUGCAAAGUGUUCCGGACAGUAAACCAGGUUAUAGGCCUGUAGGCCCAUAUAAUGUUCCAGCUGGACUUUUGAAGGAACUGCUUACAGCAGAUUCUCCACCACAUAAUGAUUUACUAGCCCCCUCAGAAUCUGCUGUCUCACAGGCUAGCAGUAGAGUUUUGAGUCAGAACGUGCUGAUGGGAUCUAAUUCUGGAAUGCCAGCCUAUGGCACUCAGCCUCCCCAUAACAAAAUAAACAGCAUUGCCCACACACAUCAACCACAUAAUCAGCAAACGUCUAUCAAUGGUCGUGCCUUGCCCCAAACUGGGAGUACCAUGACGCACAGUGCUGGCAUUAAUCGCCUGUCGACAGUGAAAAGUUCAUUACAAGUGCCUAUGACUCAACCCCAUCCAAUGACAACCAUGAGUCCUUACCCUUCAAAUAGCUGCAAUGGCUUUGGAAGAGUUGGUAUUGUCUCUCUCCACCAGGAGAUGCUGCCUAGUGACUUGGAUGACAUGUUGAUUGAAAGCUUGGAAUGUGAUUUGGAGUCUAUGGAAUCUAUUAUCCGGAAUGACCUCAUGGAGGAUGGAGGAGCAGAUUUUAACUUUGAUAGUGUAUUGCCUAACCAAAGCUUUCCUCACAGUGUCACAACCACCACACACAGCUGGGUAUCUGGUUAA